UUGGUUACCGAAACUCCCCCCCCCCCCCAGGACCUGCUGGUGUUCCUGUACCUGGAGGGGCCGUACACCCGGGGCAUCUUCCGGCGCUCGGCGGGGGCCAAAGCCUGCCGGGAGCUCCGGGACCGGCUGGACGGCGGCGCCGAGGACGCCGAGGUCGCGCACCAGUCCGCCUUCGUUAUCGCCGCUGUGCUAAAGGAUUUCCUGCGAAACAUCCCGGGAAGCGUGCUGUGUGUGGACCUGUUCCACCAGUGGAUGGAAGUGAUGGAGGGGGACGGAGGGGAGCAGAGGAUACCGGCCGUGCAGAGGCUGCUGAGCCUCCUGCCCGGCGAGAACCUGCUCCUGCUGCGGCACGUGGUGGCCGUGCUGCACCGUAUCCAGGGCAACGCCCACGACAACCAGAUGAACGCCUUCAACCUGUCGGUGUGCAUCGCCCCCAGCAUGCUGUGGCCGCCCGCCCCCAGCUCCCCCGAGAUGGAGGGGGAGGCCACCAAGAAGGUGUGCGAACUGGUUCGCUUCCUGAUCGAGAACUGCGUCUGCGUGCUGGGGGACGGGGCCUCCCUGUUCAGGGCCUUCAGCCAGAAGAGCAGCGGCAGCGACCACGGGUCCGACGUGUCGUCCUUCCAGAUGAACGACUCGUCCUACGACAGUCUGGAGAACGAGCUGAACGACGACCCGGAGUCUCCGUUCCGGGAGCAGCUUCCGCUCCGGGACAAGGACAAGCCGGACAGCUGCAGCCGGGACUCCGUCAUCACGCUGAGCGACGGCGAGCCGGACGCCGUUGGCGGCGACGGCAACACUGGCGGCGGCGGCCUUCUUCAGCUGCCCCCGUUGUCACGGCAACGGAGGUUCAGCCCGGCCGUUCGGCCACCCCGGGGAUCCUCCUCCUCCUCCUCUCAGGGCCCCCGGAGGCUACGGAGGAGCUCCGAACCCGCCCUGGCGCUCGUCGGCACGCCGUCGCCCAACGCCAGCGUUGCCACGGCGACGGGAGCGGCGUCGUGCCACCCGCCAGCGAGGAAGGCGAGCUACGACGCCGCCAUGGAGGGCGAGGAGGAAGAGGAGGAGGACGAGGUGUUCGUGGAGCAGGGGCUGGCCCGGCUGCAGCUGCAGGGGGCGGGGCCAGACGGGCGCCAGAAGAAGGCGUCCAGACUCCAAAAUGGCGGCCGGAGGAAGGCCAAGCCGCCCCCCCCGCCGCCGCUGCGGUUGGACGCCAGCUGCUCCAGCCUGUCGUCCCCGGCAACCUCCCCGACGGGCUCCUCCCUCAGCUCCCUGGACUCCGCCUUCUCGCAGUACUCCACCGACUACGCCGUCCCGCCGCAGUCCCCCAGGAACUCGCCACCACACUGGCCGCCGCCGCCGCCCGCCGUCGCCAACGGCAACGCCGCCAUUGCCCCCCCCCCCCCCCCCCCCCCCCGCCCCCCCCCCCACACCGGGCCCCAACGGGAGCGCGGUCCCUCUCUGACGCAGGCGGCCGCGCGGGACCCGCCGAUGGGGAAUGGGCAAAACGGCCACGCCCCCCCCGCCGCCACCGCCGCGGCGCAAGAUGGCGUCCGUCCGAGGUCCAGCAGCCCGCCGUCCUACCAGCAGGCCCUGCUGCAGCUGCAGGGCGGCCGCUCGCCGUUCUUCAGGGGGGGGGACAAGCCCCUGACGGUCAGGGACCUGAGGCAGGCCUCCCACGGCCAGCCCCCCCCCCCCAGGGGCGUGUUCUUCGGCCAGAACUGCACCACGCUGGUCCUCCACCGGCCGAAGAGCAGGGAGGUGGCGCGGGCCGUCGCCCAUAGCAACAGGCAGUGGCAGAGCAGGAGGUGCAGCGACCCCCGGGUGGAGGACUUCGAGCAGCUGUUCUUUGCCGAGGAGUCGUACGUGUAA